AUGGCUGAGAAUCAGAGUGACUCGGAUAAGGAGGAUGUUGGGUCUUCGACUGUUACGCCAUUGAGCCCCGGAAAGCGACAGCGCAAGACCAAAUCUACAGCAUACAUUGACGAUCUCAUCGCCGAGAACCAGCGUCUUCGUCAAGAUGACGCCAAACCUCGGCCUGAGCCCUCCAUCCCCGACGUCUCAAGCACCGAGACCUCAUCCCUCCAAGGAACCCUCCUCGAAGAACGGCCCUGGUUCUUCGACAUGAACGUUCUUCACACCCCCGUCCUCAUCGGCGAAGCCUCCGACGCUGCGUUCGCAACACGCUUUAGACAAGCUAUUUCUGAACCGGGACAUAGUCACAUACCCCGUGUGAACUACGCACCGGAUGAGAGGUUGCUUGCGCUUUCGGAUCAGGAUUGUCCGUGGCCUAUACCCUCUAGGGCAAGGCUGCUUGUUAAUGUGGCGUUGAAGACGGCGGCCAAGGAUAGGAACUUUCCGGGUAUGGCGUAUUUUGCGAGGGCGACUCGUAUUCUUCGCAUUAUUAGCGAGAGACCUCGCAUUGAUGCCAUUGAGAUACGUCUUCUUCUGUCUUUCUACUCCCUCGCUCUUAACCGUCGAUAUACAGCGUACGCCCUAGCCGGCUCAUCAGUCCGUCUCUCCGUCGUAAUGGGUCUUCACCUCAACGUCCCCGAGUCCCAGCUCCGCGACGCUGGCGCCCGCGAACACAGAAACCGCGUAUGGUGGACUGCUUACAGUUUUGAUCGCAUGUGGGCUUCUCGUCUUGGUCAUCCCGUCGCCAUUCAAGACGACGACAUCGAAGUCGAUCUCCCCACUGAUCCAGUCCUAGACACUCCUUCAGAUGACUUUGCCGACUCAUCGUAUUUCAUCGCGGGUCUGAGACUCGCGAGAUUGGCAGCAAAGGUGAUUAACGCGAUUUACACAAGGAGACCACAGCAGAAAACACUCUCGCAGAGGGUCCAGGAGGCGUUGAGGGAUCUGAGGGCUUUUGUGGAGGAGUUGCCGCCGCAUCUUCACAUUGAACCGACUGAUGCACCUGAACCGAGUCCGAAGCCUUUGUCACUGCACUUGUACUUUAACCAAGUCGCCAUAACUGCAACUCGUCCUAUUCUUCUACAUGUUCUUAGAACCCACGUCUCAGCAUGGGACACUCAGCCUCGCACGGAGCCUCAAAUCCCCGUAUCAGCCAUGACGCUCUCCGAAGCAUGUAUCCGCUGUGCACGCCACUCGUGCCGCCUCCUAAUCGACUGCUGGAUCGAUGGUUCUUUUGCAACAUUCGAUUACUUCUACACACAAUACCUCUUCUCAUCCGCCACAGUCCUCGCCAUCUCAAGCCUAAUCGACGGGAAAGAAUGUCGCAGUGACAAAGAGCAAUUCGAGUCAGCAGCGCAAUUUCUGCACCAGUUGAAAGAGAAUGGUAAUUUUGCAGCGGAGGAGUUUUGUCGACAUGUUGAUGCUAUGAAGGUUUGUAUGAGGGCGCUUGAGGCGAGACGGGGACAAUAUGUAGUGCAGGACACGGGGUUGUUGGGGUUGGAUGUGUUGAACCCUACGGCGGGUAUGGCGUUGUCGGAGCCGUCGUUGCAGGAGUUGCUGUCGCAGCCGGUUUUGGAUUUGCAGUUUAUUGAUGCGUCGAUGUAUCAUGAUGGGGCGCAGGGGCUGUAUUGGCCUGAUAUUAGUCCUGAGAGUUGGAGUGCGAGCGGAUGGACGCCAGGGGGCUAG